AUGUCUGCUUAUUGCCAUCAUUAUUACCGACCACCAAAUAACGGAUUCGUCCCUUCGGGAACUUUGAAUAAUUUACAGAUCCAGCCAAAUAAUACUGUCGUCAAUACUUAUACUAAUCAGAUAAUACCAAAUGUCUACGUGCUUUUGAUUGAUGAUGCUGAAUGUAAGGGAAAUUCUGGAGAAGGAAAUGGACAUCGCAAUCGUACAACAACUACCACAAAAGCUUCGUCUGGUCGAAAAAGACGGGAUGUAAUUAAUACACUCAACUGUAGAAACGCAACAAACGUUGAUGAAGGUCGGAACUGAUGACAAAAUGUGACUGGAAAAAAUUGUUUUUUUGAGGACUGUCAUAACUGGUAAUAAAUUACAUUUUAUCAUUCUUUAUGGAACAUCUAUUGAAUUAAUAAAAAGUGUAUCACUAUCAGCCGUGAAAGAAAGA